GGUCCCCGCGCCCAGUCCCCGGCCAUCCCCGCGCCCCAGGCCCGCGGGAGGAUGCGGCGGCGCUCGCGCGUGCUGCUGUGCUUUGCACUGCUUUGGGUGCUGGGCAUCGCCUACUACAUGUACUCGGGGGGCGGCUCCGCGCUGGCCGCGGGCGGUGGCAGGAAGGAGGACUGGAAUGAAAUUGACCCUAUUAAAAAGAAAGACCUUCACCACAGCAAUGGAGAUGAGAAAGCACAGAGCAUGGAGACCCUCCCUCCAGGGAAAGUACGGUGGCCAGACUUUAACCAGGAAGCCUAUGUUGGGGGGACAAUGGUUCGCUCUGGGCAGGACCCCUAUGCCCGCAACAAGUUCAACCAGGUGGAGAGCGAUAAGCUGCGCAUGGACAGAGCCGUCCCUGACACCCGGCAUGACCAGUGCCAGAGGAAGCAGUGGAGGGUGGACUUGCCAGCCACCAGUGUGGUGAUCACAUUCCACAACGAAGCCAGGUCGGCCUUGCUGAGGACAGUGGUCAGUGUGCUGAAGAGAAGUCCGCCCCAUCUCAUAAAGGAAAUCAUCCUGGUGGAUGACUACAGCAAUGACCCUGAGGAUGGGGCCCUCUUGGGGAAGAUCGAGAAAGUUCGGGUCCUGAGGAAUGAUCGCCGAGAAGGCCUGAUGCGCUCCCGGGUUCGCGGUGCCGAUGCUGCCCAGGCCAAAGUCCUGACCUUCCUGGACAGCCACUGUGAGUGUAAUGAGCACUGGCUGGAGCCGCUGCUGGAGCGGGUUGCUGAGGACAGGACUCGGGUGGUGUCGCCCAUCAUCGACGUCAUCAACAUGGACAACUUUCAGUACGUGGGGGCCUCUGCUGACCUGAAGGGCGGGUUUGACUGGAACCUGGUGUUCAAAUGGGAUUACAUGACACCAGAGCAGAGGAGGUCACGGCAAGGGAAUCCAGUGGCCCCCAUUAAAACCCCCAUGAUUGCUGGUGGGCUGUUCGUGAUGGACAAGCUGUACUUCGAAGAGCUGGGGAAGUAUGACAUGAUGAUGGACGUGUGGGGAGGAGAGAACCUGGAGAUCUCCUUCCGCGUGUGGCAGUGCGGUGGCAGCCUGGAGAUCAUCCCGUGCAGCCGCGUGGGACAUGUAUUCCGAAAGCAGCACCCCUACACCUUCCCAGGUGGCAGUGGCACUGUCUUUGCCCGCAACACUCGCCGGGCAGCAGAGGUCUGGAUGGAUGAAUAUAAGAACUUCUAUUAUGCAGCAGUGCCUUCGGCCAGAAAUGUUCCAUAUGGGAACAUUCAGAGCAGACUGGAGCUCAGGAAGCGGCUUGGCUGCCGGCCCUUCCAGUGGUACCUGGAGAAUGUCUACCCAGAGUUGAGGGUUCCUGACCAUCAAGAUAUAGCUUUUGGGGCCUUGCAGCAAGGGACCAAUUGCCUUGAUACAUUGGGACACUUUGCUGACGGUGUUGUUGGAAUUUAUGAGUGUCACAAUGCUGGGGGAAACCAGGAAUGGGCCUUGACGAAGGAGAAGUCAGUGAAGCACAUGGACUUGUGCCUUACAGUGGUGGACCGGGCACCUGGCGCCCUUGUGAAGCUGCAGGGCUGCCGGGAGAACGACAGCAGACAGAAGUGGGAGCAGAUCGAGAGCAACUCCAAGCUGCGGCACGUGGGCAGCAACCUGUGUCUGGACAGCCGGACAGCCAAGAGCGGGGGCCUGAGCGUGGAGGUGUGUGGCCCGGCCCUCUCGCAGCAGUGGAAGUUCUCACUCAACCUGCAACAGUAGCAGCCCAGAGCCCGGAUCUGCUGCCGAACCACUGGCCAAGCUGGUGAUCACAUUAUCGAUUAUGUUUCUUAAACUUUCCGCGAAACUAUAUACCUCAGUAUUCCAUCAUGGUCUGAAAGCCAGAGAGCUCCAGCAAAGCGCAGCUGUGCUGGCAGACGCAGUGGCUGCUGGAAGGAGUCAGCCACUGUCCUGGGGCCCAGCUGGCCCCUCCCGUGGCUGCCCUUCUCCUCCUCUUGCUCAGUAGCCAGGAGCCACCCGGCUGAGGCACGCAGCGGAGAAGCAGCUCUGGGCGUGGUAGCAGAGGGAAGAGGGUGCGCGGUGCCCUCGGAGCAAGAACUCUCAAAACCGCCGUCUGAUCCCAUCAGAGUCCCAUGUGGGCCCCACAAUGCGGCUCACGUCAUUACAGGUCCCGUCACCCCCCUCUGCGCCUCCAGGCCCGGCGCCCCCUCUUCCACUGAUGUGCUUGCUGUAUUUGAACGUGAUUUUUCUAUGGUGGGACACUAAAUAUAAAUACAUAUAAAAGAGAAUGUACGGUCAGUUCCCCACAGUCUCUCUAGGUCGCUUCUCCUCACAGCACAGUGCAUGCUGGGUGGAGGGGCCACCUGUCCUUUGUCCCCUGGAGCCUCAUAGCCAGGAGGCACUACUGUGGCCAGCAGGGGCCUCCCAGGACCCCGGCCCCAGCCCACAGGCAUCUCUGCGUGGCCUCCGCAUGGGAGUCGUGCCGUGUGUCGGAAAAUCCACUUGUGUCUCUUGGUAUCCAUAAACCCAGAUAGGUUACUUAUUUUGGCAAAUACUGCUUUGGGUUUUUUUAAUUAAUUUUUUUUCUUUAGGGGAAAAUAAUCUCCAACCCCGCAGCUCCUAAUGUGAGCUGGGAGUAUCCCCAGUGCCCUCUGACAGGGCACGCCAGUGACCCUAGACAGCUGUCACAUGCUAAUGCUGGGCUCAUGGGAGUCUGAGACCGCAUACACCAGGCCUUCAGAACUGACACCUGCAGGCAAGGUGUGGCCAUGCGCCCCCAGCCUGCGCGUUUAGUUGAUGUCCUGUUACCCAGCACCCCCACACGUGGCUGCCCAGGCUUGGGUAGAGCUGGAAGGAGUCAGAGCCACACAGUCUAAUGAGGACCUGGGUGUGAGACAGCAGCCCAUGUCCUGUGAGCCACAGGCGGAGAGGACCUGGCUGCAGUGGUGGGCAGAGAUGCCUGGGCCCUAGCUCAUGUACAGGAAUGUUCCUGCACAGCCUCCUUGACUCUUUGUGUCCCUGUCAUGACACUCCCAUGGUUCCCACCCUGCCACCUGCCUUCCCAUGAAGAUGUCCAUUCUCAGAGGCCAGUUGGGCUCCAUGUGCUUAUGAGAGCUGUGGAGGCCGUGGAGGUACAGGCAGCUGGGAGUUGCUGAUGUGCACUCUUCCUGCUGGUCUCCUCCAUCUACCACCAGCCCACGUGAACAGCUGACCAUGGGCCCUCAGGAGGCUUGGCCAGCUGGCCGCCCUGUGUCUCAUUUGCUACCCCUGCCAGGCAAACAGACACAUCUUAGAGACAGGUAGCCAUGUGCUGGGUGAACUCCACACACUGCCGUCUUCCAGCGUGGGCUCCAAGGGAGACUGCACGUGGGUGCAGGUGAAGGCUCCUGGCCACAGAGCGGGGCAGGGUAGUCUGUGCUGCUCAUGCUAGCGCUUGGGCCCUGGUCACACCCCGUCACCAUUGAGCUGCUUUGUCAGCCAAAAACCCACGGGAGGCAGACGGGGCUGGUUUCUGGUGGAGCUUGUUGAGCCCUCCCCUGUGCACCUGCUGUGUUGUCUGGCCACUUGGGGGCACCAUGUGGGGGGCUUCCAGCCGAGGCCUCUGGGCUGGUCCUCAAGGUGAGCCCCGUUUACAGGACACAGCGUGCCAAAGUGACUUACUGUGCUCGUGUUAUUUUGUAGUCCUCGGGACUGUCCCACCCGCCCACUUCUGUUUUUAAAGCAAACUUCCCAAGGUCUGUCCGAGCACAGCAGGCAGAGACAGUCGUCUUCUCUGUGGUCCUUGUGUCUCCUUCAAAGCUGAAAUGAUGGUAUCUGUGGGUGUGUUUUGCAAAUUUAAAAUAUAGUUUGGUAAUUUUUUUCCAGUUGAUUUUUAAAAAGAACUGCUGUACAGAGCUUGUACUUUGUCCAUUUUAUAGAUGGAAACCAUCCUUGAAAUUGUUUAACUUAAAUAAAGAAAAAGAUGCUUUAUAGAUA